CGAGCCAUCCUCCUACAGCCGGAGUAGCAGGCCAAUCGUCCCCCAAAUCCUCCAAACCAAAUCACUCUCUCGCCGUCUCGCAAGCAACCAGGAUACAUUUCGCAUCGCGGCGGAUCGAAGGAAGAGAGGAGAAGAUGGGUGGCGGCAUGGAGGUGCACAAGAACCGGUGGAUCGAGGAGUGGAACGCCGGCCGGGAGAACCUCGAGUUCAACUUCCGCUGGAGCCGCCGCAGCCUCGCCGUCGUUGGCCUCUUCGGCCUCGCCGUCCCCAUCCUCGUCUACAAGGGCAUCGUCCGCGAAUUCCAUAUGCAGGACGAGGAUGCUGGCCGGCCGUACAGGAAGUUUCUCUGAGCGGCGCGCCUGCGGUUCGCACCGGGCCCUCGGCUGGGCUGCUAGGAAUCUUCGCCCGGUUUAAGCCCGUACUGCUUGAGUCUGAAUCUGAUGGAGCAUUUUGGAAUGCUGAACUGUUGUGUGGGAUGCCAAUGAAUAAGGUGCAAUUACUUGUCUUCUCAAUUGCUGAAACUCGAGAUGUUUGAAUUGAUUUGGUAAUGUUUUGUGGUCAAUAGCAGCGAUGUCCAAUCUUGUUUA